UAGCUUUGACGUUUUGCCGUCACGAAGAUUGGAAUAAAAAAAAAUAUCAAAAACAAAACUCGCCGUAAAGUGUUGGGAAGUUACGUGAAAGGUGGACCCCUAGGAGUUGCGGGCCAAUUUAGUGUAAUUGUGUAUGAAAACGUGCUCUGAUUAGGCACGCCUUCAUAUAUCCGUCCCGCCACGAGUCACCCGUAAUGACGAUAGGCAGUCUUCAUUGACCAAAGUGAUUGGAAGGACACUACGAGAUGGCACUGCUUGGCGCACAACUAGUCAUUACGCUGAUCAUGGUCAGCGUAAUCCAGAAGCUUAGCCCGCACUUUUCGCUCGCCAAAUGGAUACUCUGUUCGACCGGGCUGACACGGUACCUGCACCCGUCGGACGACGAGCUCCGGAAGCUAUCCGGUGUGCCGCGGGAAAAGACCAAAGCGAAAAAGGAUAAGCGAAAUGGCCAGCAGGCUAAUGGUGACAAAACAGGCACAUUUCACGUUCCCCGCAGCUUGGACAUUCAGCUGGACACGAUACCAAUUGCAUCGUACGACAUCGUGCAUUUGCGGUUCUACACGGAAUAUCAGUGGCUGGUCGACUUUAGCUUAUACUCUGCCAUCGUGUACACUAUUUCUGAGGUUUAUCACUUUUUCUUCCCGCUCAAGGAGGAAAUUAAUCUAAGCAUGCUGUGGUGCCUUCUGGUUGUAUUUUUUGCAUUUAAACUUUUAGCUUCACUCACCGUGCAGUACUUCCAAAGCGAAGAGUCGAUAGGAGAACGUUCGACCUGCAUCGUGACAGGGUUGGUGUACCUGUUGAUUGCCAUGAUGAUUCUGAUCGUGCCCGAGCAUACGCUGGAAGUCGGUCUCGACAAAGCAUAUCAAAGCUUCAACCAAAGCGCUUCCAGCUUCCUCGAGGGACAGGGACUCAAUUCUUCUGGACCAGCAUCUAAGAUAGUUGUUAAGUUUUUCAUCGCAGUCAGCUGCGGCAUCCUUGGUGCGCUUUUCACCUUCCCUGGACUGCGAAUGGCGCGUAUGCAUUGGGACUCGUUGAAAUUUUGUAAAGAUCGCGUGUGGCUGAAGCUACUCCUUAACGUCAGUUUCGCAAUGCCAUUCCUCUUGGUUAUCCUGUGGGUGAAACCGUUGGCCAGAGAUUAUCUCACUUCGCGAGUGUUCUCCGGCAUGACUGCUCCCAUCCUCUCAACCGAAGCGUUCGAAACCAUGCGGCUUGCGGCCGUUGUUGUGGCGGUGGUUCUCCGGUUCCUGCUGAUGCCCGUCUACCUGCAGGCCUAUUUGAAUCUCGCCUACGAGCGGGUGGAAGAGCAGAAAAAAGAAGCCGGUCGCAUCACGAACGUUGAGCUGAAGAAAAAGAUCACAUCCAUCUUCUAUUACCUUUGCGUCGUGACGCUCCAGUACGUGGCACCCAUCCUGAUGUGUUUGUUCUUCGCGCUGAUGUACAAAACACUCGGCGAGUACACCUGGUCGGGCGUCUUAAAGCAGUCGAUGCCACUGGACGAAUGUUCCGCCGAGCUGGAAUACGAACAGUCGCUCCUAGCGACGAUCGAAAAGGCGACCGUAGAAACGGCCGAGUUUGCCGGGGUCACUCCGGAAGGUGAACCGACGACAGUGGAGCCGAACAUUCUUACCACCGCCCAAAGCUUCCAGCUGUCGAUGCAGAGCCUAAAAUCAGUGUUCACCAAGGACGUGUACCGCGGUCUGUUCGGCUUUGCCACGUGGUGGAGUUGCUUCAUUUGGUUUGCGGCGUCCUCGCUCGGUAUGGUCUAUCAGUCAUACUUUACCAAGUCGUGAAGCGUUCCGGUUUCGCAGCGACCGACGAUCUCCUAGCCGAUGUAGUAACACUGUACAUACGAAGGACUCAUCAACGCCAAUCGGUAUCGCCACUGUUCGUUUCUCUACAUACUUUGUUGCAUUUGUUGGGGCCCCCAUCGUGUACGGCCGGCAUCGUCCAUGCGCUCAAGCAACGUCAAUCAGACAAACUAGUUUUAAACCCAUUCAUUGCGCAGCAUACUUUGAUUUGUUUUUUUGGUAGUGACUCCAUUGAAAGGGAUGCAUUUUGUGACGGCGGGUCUCGUUUCUGUUUUUCGUUGUAGUGUUUAUUAUGAUUUCGUUUUCCAUCCUUGUUUCGCUGUGGUGAAUCAAGCAUGAAAAGUCAUUAGGGUAGACAGGAUCCACCAAAUAAAGUGUCAAUAAAAGCGUUUUACUCUACAAAA